AUGGUGAAUUUCAUGGGUCAGCUUGACCGAGCCAUGGGCCGUCCGGUUAUUUGGUCAGACGCUAUUCAGAAGAUUUCAGAUUUCAGAUUCAGCUCUUUUAAGGGUAUUGGCCUUUGCACUGGAAACUGUGCCACCAGCUGUCCUGUUUCUCAGAACUUUGAACUUGGACUCAUACUGUGCCGUGGGCUCUCUCGAGUCUGCAGCUUCCCAACUGUCUGGGACUUGUCCGUCUCCAUUCCCAUGAAGGGGAGGAAAACCAGGAAAUCAGGUAACCCAGGACCACCGUAUCAUCCACAGGCCGUAGGUUCUGCCAUGGAUCAGGCCCCUCCUGGACUGAUGCCCAUGUCACAGAUCCCCAGGAAAGUGUUCCUGCCACCAGGUAUCACUUUGGAAGAGCAUCUCAAUAUUCAUCAGACAGUAGCUUUCCAUUGUAAUGUAUGUCAUUCCACAAAUGCAAACAGAACACUCAUAGAAAUCAGGACUCAGAACCUGGCUGUAGACAACACGGUUCAGUGUCACCUAGUGGGACCCGAGCCUGUCUCGUUAGCAGCCCAAUACGACUGUGCCACCAGGAAAAUUGGCCGAGCCUGGUGCUCAGAAAUGUUGAAUUUUAUGAAGAGGCCAGGAAAAGUCCCAACUCGUGCCAAGGCUUUGGUUGUAGGCUUGGCACUGGAAGCAGCAGCUGGUGAGGGCGGCAAGCAGCCUACUCCCAGGCCUGUUUGUGACUUACCUUUGCCUCCCCAGGGGCCCGCCCUGGGAGGAAGGAAGCAGGAAAUUAGAUGCAAAGAGAAAAUUGGAGUGGGCAUUCUGGCUUAUCAGGACCCUGCUUUCUCAGCUGUGAUUCACGAGAGACUCCAGGUCCCCAACACCAUCCGAAAGGCCUGGAAUGACCGAGAUAACCGCUGUGACAUUUGUGCCACGCACCUGAACCAGCUGAAGCAGGAAGCCAUCCAGAUGGUGCUGACGCUGGAGCAGGCGGCUGGCAGUGAGCACUAUGAUGCCUCACCUGGCUCACCCCCUCCGCUGUCCAACAUGCCCACCCUGGGAGGGUCCCGGCACGUGAGUGGUGGGCUCCAGCAGCCCAGGGAUUGGGCCUUUGUGCCCGCUGCCUACGCCACCUCCAAUUACACAGGCCUUGUCAACAAGCACAGCAGCAAACCCAGCAGCCUUGGAGUCAGCAAUGGGGCAGAAAAGAAGAGUGGGUCCCCUCCCCACCAGCCCAAGGUCAGCCUCCAGAUGGCCACCAGUCCCAGCAAUGGGAACGUUCCCAAUGCAGUGGCCAUUCAAGCCCACCAAUACCUGGAUGGCACCUGGUCUCUUUCGAGGACCAAUGGGGUCACUCUGUAUCCCUACCAGAUCUCCCAGUUGAUGACCGAGAGUGCCCGCGAGGGACUGACAGAAGUGGCACUGAACCGCUACAAUACAGACAAGCCCACGGCCUGCAGUGUCCCAGCCUCACAGGGCUCCUGUGUGGCCAGCGAGACAUCCACAGGGACCUCGGUGGCUGCAUCCUUCUUCGCAAGAGCUGCCCAGAAGUUAAAUCUGUCUUCCAAAAAGAAGAAGCAUCGACCUUCCACUUCUUCGGUUUCGGAGACACCGCUCCUUGCUACCAGCUUCAGCGGGAUCCUGCAUUCCUCCCCGCCCCCGGCCCCGCCAGGUCUGCUGAGAGCCGUCAACAAGGUGAAGGACACUCCGGGCCUGGGCAAGGUCAAAGUCAUGCUUCGAAUUUGCUCCACGUUGGCUCGUGAUACCUCCGAAUCCAGCUCUUUCUUAAAAGUGGACCCACGGAAGAAGCAGAUCACCUUGUAUGACCCCCUGACUUGUGGAGGUCAAAACGCCUUUCAGAAAAGAAGUAACCAGGUUCCUCCUAAGAUGUUUGCCUUCGAUGCGGUUUUUCCACAGGAUGCUUCUCAGGCUGAAGUGUGUGCCGGGACCGUGGCGGAGGUGAUCCAGUCUGUGGUCAACGGGGCAGAUGGCUGCGUGUUCUGUUUCGGCCAUGCCAAGCUGGGAAAAUCCUAUACCAUGAUUGGGAAGGAUGAUUCCAUGCAGAACCUGGGCAUCAUUCCCUGUGCCAUCUCCUGGCUCUUCAAGCUCAUCAAUGAACGGAAAGAAAAGACUGGGGCCCGCUUCUCAGUCCGGAUCUCCGCUGUGGAGGUGUGGGGGAAAGAAGAGAACCUGCGGGACCUGCUGUCGGAGGUGGCCACGGGCAGCCUGCAGGACGGCCAGUCCCCAGGCGUGUACCUCUGUGAAGACCCCAUCUGUGGCACACAGCUGCAGAACCAGAGCGAGCUGCGGGCUCCCACUGCAGAGAAGGCCGCCUUUUUCCUGGAUGCUGCCAUCGCCUCUCGCAGGAGCAACCAGCAGGACUGUGACGAAGAGGACCACCGCAACUCCCACAUGCUCUUCACGCUGCACAUCUACCAGUACCGGAUGGAGAAGACCGGGAAAGGCGGAAUGUCUGGAGGUCGCAGCCGCCUGCAUCUCAUCGAUCUUGGCAGUUGUGUGAAAGCUCUUAGCAAAAACCGAGAAGGAGGCUCAGGGCUGUGCCUCUCACUGUCUGCUCUGGGCAAUGUCAUCCUGGCUCUCGUCAAUGGCAGCAAACACAUCCCAUACAAAGAGAGCAAGCUCACCAUGCUGCUGCGGGAGUCUCUGGGGAACAUGAACUGUCGCACCACCAUGAUCGCUCACAUCUCUGCUGCGGCCGGGAACUACGCAGAAACCCUGUCCACCCUCCAGAUCGCAUCGAGGGUCUUAAGGAUGAAGAAGAAGAAGACGAAGUACACGUCCAGCUCCUCUGGCGGAGAAAGCUCCUGUGAGGAAGGCAGAAUGCGCAGGCCCACCCAGCUGAGACCCUUCCACAGCAGGGCCACGGUGGAGCCCGACUUUCCCGUCGCUCACCUGUCCAGCGACCCUGACUACUCCUCCAGCAGCGAGCAGUCCUGUGACACCGUCAUCUACAUCGGGCCCAAUGGCACAGCCCUCUCCGACAAGGAGCUCACCGACAACGAGGGCCCUCCAGACUUUGUCCCCAUUGUGCCUGCGCUGCAGAAGACCAGGGGUGACAGCCGGCCUGCAGAGGCAGGAGAGGCUGCGGCUAGCAAAGCGGAAAGGGACUGCUUGAAAUGCAACACAUUUGCUGAGCUGCAGGAGCGACUGGACUGCAUUGAUGGCAGUGAGGAGCCCAGUAAAUUCCCUUUCGAAGAGCUGCCUGCCCAGUUUGGGGCAGAACAGGCCAGCAGAUGCCCCCUGUUAAGCCAAGCAGCCGGGGCGCACCGGCUGUCCGAGUCCGAUAAGGAAGAUGAUGGGUCAGACAGCGAGCUGAUUGGCCAGGAAGGCGCAGAGCCCCUGCCCGCCAAGGCACAGCGGGAUCGCUCCCCGGUGCCUGCCACAGCCCACAGCAGCAGCCCUGCCCCGGCCUCGCCCCGGAGCAUCCCAGGCAGCAGCAGCCAGCACAGCACCUCCCAGCUUGUGCAGAGCCCCAGCCUCCAGAGCAGCCGCGAGAGCCUGAACUCCUGCAGCUUUGUGGAAGGCAAGCCCAGGCCCAUGGGCUCACCCCGGCUGGGCAUCGCCAGCCUGUCCAAGACCUCUGAGUACAAGCCCCCCAGCUCUCCUUCGCAGAGGUGCAAAGUCUACACCCAGAAGGGGGUCCUGCCAUCCCCCGCCCCACUGCCACCCUUGAGCAAGGACUCCGGCAUGGUUUCCAGUGAGUCCUUGCUGCAGCCUGAGAUCCGUACCCCACCGGUGGGAAUGAGCCCCCAGGUUUUGAAGAAAUCCAUGUCUAUAGGGAGUGAGGGCUUUGCGGAGACCCCCAUCGAGGAUGGGCGCCAGGCAUCUCCUCCUCCAGACUCCAAGAAGGAGAUCCUGAGCACCACGAUGGUGACUGUGCAGCAGCCACUGGAGCUGAAUGGCGAGGACGAGCUGGUGUUCACGCUGGUGGAGGAGCUGACCAUCAGCGGGGUCCUGGACAGCGGCCGCCCCACCAGCAUCAUCAGCUUCAACAGUGACUGCUCUGUGCAGGCCUUGGCCUCGGGCUCCCGGCCGGUCAGCAUCAUCAGCAGCAUCAGCGAGGACCUCGAGGGCUACUCCAGCAUGGCACCCGUCUCCGAGGUGAGCAUCACGCAGUUUCUGCCUCUCCCGAAGCUGAGCCUGGAGGAGAAGGCCCGGGAGGUGGGCAGCAGGCGCUCCUCCAUCAGCUCCUGGCUGAGCGAGAUGAGCGCGGGCAGUGACGGGGAGCAGUCCUGCCACAGUUUCAUAGCCCAGACGUGUUUCGGGCAUGGGGAGGCCAUGGCGGAUCCCCCAGCCUCGGAGUUUGUCAGCAGCAUCCAGAACACCGCCGUGGUGUGCAGGGAGAAGCCCAAGGCGGGCCCCGACAACUUGCUCAUCUUGUCCGAUGUGGCGGACGACACUUUCCACAAGGCCACUCCCCUCAAGGGCUGCAAGAUAUCGACCCUGGGCAAGGCCAUGGUCACCAUCUCCAACACGGCCAAUCUGAGCAGUUGCGAGGGCUACAUCCCCAUGAAGACCAACAUCACAGUGUACCCCUGCAUUGCCAUGAGUGCCCACAGUGUCCAGGACACCGAGGCAUCCACCGCCACCCCCAAAACAGCCCCCAAAGCCACACAGUCCCAGGAGAGAAAGGAAGCUGGUACAAGAAAAGAGAUGAAAUUUGAGGACCCCUGGCUCAAGCGCGAAGAGGAAGUGGAAACCGAAAGUGUGUAUCCCAGUGAGGAAGGGACUCAGUAUGACAGUGCCACCGGCCCCACCAAGCCUGAGGCCAGAGCAGAGCAGGAGGCAGAGAGGAACCCCAGCCCGAGUGACAGGCUCAGCAGCAGCAGCGGGGAGGUGUCUGCCUCCCCCGUGACUGACAACCUCAGGAGGGUGGUGGAUGGCUGUGAGAUGGCGCUGCCCAGCUUGGGAGCCCAGAGCCCCAUGCACUCCCACAAAAGCCUGAAGUCCAGCAGUCUCCCGAGGGCCUUUCAGAAGGCCACCAGGCACGAGGAGCCCGACAGCCUCUUCUACCACUGUGCGGCUGACUCCAGCGGCUUCUGUGCUCAGCCCUCCAAGGCCACCCUGGAGAGGAAGGUGGCUUCACCCAAGCACUGUGUCCUGGCUCGGCCCAAAGGGACCCCACCUCUGCCCCCCAUCCGCAAGUCCAGCUUGGACCAGAAGAACCGGGCCAGUCCCCAGCACAGUGCCGGCACCAGUAGCCCCUUGAGCCAUCCAGCCACCUUCUUGGCCAGCUUCCCUGACGAGCCAGGCAGCAAGACCAAGGAUGUUAGCAGCAGCAGCAAGCUCUUCAGUGCCAAGCUGGAGCAGCUGGCCAGCAGGACCAACUCGCUCGGCAGGGCAACGGUCAGCCACUACGAGUGCCUGUCGCUGGAGAGGGCUGAGAGCCUGUCCUCCAUGAGUGCGCGGAUGCACAUGGGCAAGGACAGCACCAUGCCCCGCACAGGACGGAGUCUGAGCCGCAGUGCAGGGGCCUCGCCACCCAGCUGUGGUGCUACCCAGUCCACGGGGACCUCGCCCAAGGCCAGCCAAUCCAAGAUCUCAGCUGUGAGCAAGCUGCUCCUGGCCAGCCCCAAGGCACGCAGCCUGUCCACCUCCUCCACCAAGACCCUCAGCUUCUCCACCAAGUCUCUGCCACAGUCAGUGGGCCAGAGCUCCAACCUGCCGCCCAGUGGGAAGCACAUGUCCUGGUCCACCCAGUCGCUCAGCAGGAACCGCAGCUCGGGCCUGGCGUCCAAGCUGCCGCUGCGUGCAGUGAACGGGCGCAUCUCAGAGCUGCUGCAGGGCACCGCGGGCACACGGGGUCUGCAGGCCGAGGAGCGUGGGGAGGACAGGCCAGCAGCCACCACGCACCUGCUGCCCUCACCCUACAGCAAGAUCACCCCACCGAGGAGGCCACACCGCUGCAGCAGUGGCCAUGGCAGUGACAACAGCAGUGUGCUGAGCGGGGAGCUGCCGCCAGCCAUGGGCAAGACAGCCCUGUUCUACCACAGUGGUGGCAGCAGUGGCUAUGAGAGCAUGAUGCGGGACAGUGAGGCCACAGGCAGUGCGUCCUCGGCGCAGGACUCCAUGAGCGAGAACAGCAGCUCAGUGGGCGGGAGGUGCCGGAGCCUCAAGACCCCAAAGAAAAGAUCCAACUCGGGCUCUCAGAGGCGGAGGCUCAUCCCAGCAUUGUCCCUCGACACCUCCUCCCCUGUGAGGAAACCCACUGCUGGUACCGGGGUCCGCUGGGUGGACGGCCCCUUGCGCAGCACCCAGAGGGGCCUCGGGGAGCCUUUUGAGAUUAAAGUCUAUGAAAUCGAUGACGUGGAGCGCCUGCAGCGGCGACGUGGGGGCAGCAGCAAGGAGGUCGUGUGCUUCAACGCAAAGCUGAAGAUUCUGGAACAUCGGCAGCAGAGAAUCGCCGAGGUUCGUGCCAAGUACGAGUGGCUGAUGAAGGAGCUGGAGGCGACCAAACAGUACCUGAUGCUGGACCCCAACAAAUGGCUCCGUGAAUUUGACUUGGAGCAGGUUUUGGAGCUGGAUUCCCUGGAGUACCUGGAGGCGCUGGAGUGUGUGACCGAGCGCCUGGAGAGCCGCGUCAACUUCUGCAAGGCGCAUCUCAUGAUGAUCACCUGCUUCGACAUCACCUCCAGGCGCCGAUAAGGAGAGGCGGGGCUCCGCCCGCUGGUCCCCUCCCGGGACCUCAGAGAGAGGGCGCCCUGGCCCGGGCCUCCUAUGCUGGCGGCACCCAGAGACGAUAGGAUGAGGAUGAAGGUCGGUGGCAAGUCUGGAGUGAGGGGUGAGCGGAAGGCGGUUUUUCCUUUGUGUUCGGUAGGGAAGGUGCAAACACCAAACGCGUGGAAGGAGAAAGUGACAGGAAAGCCAAGGGAUGUGGAAGCCCCGUGAGACUGAAGCAGCACUUUGAGGAACUUGGAAGAACUCAUUUGUACAUAAGAACUGCGAGCGGAGACCUCACUCUUGUCUUGCUUUGGUGAGAAGGGGGAGGGUGGGUGCAGCAUGGCUGCCGAUGGCAAAACAAAACGAUAACGACGAGAUGACCCUGAAUGACAGAUUAAGUGCCUUGCAAAUCUUUAUGAUUAUCCAAACGUUUAUGUUCAUACUUUGUGUACAGAUGGUGCUAGUCGAGAUGGAAAUAGCAAAACCAACGAAAAAGAAAAUCCAACACAUUUUUGCAGUGCUAAGUGUUUUAUCCUGUCGCUCACUUGCUGUUUCUAAGCAAGUUGUGUUUGUAGAGAUAUUUCCUAAUCAGUAUUGCGUAUGAAUAAAUGUCACUUGUCUUUUAUGGUUAUUCUGGUAAGGCCACUCAAACAGAACCCAGAGACUUCGUCUGCACCAGCCAGCGUGUUUCCAAAGAAGGUUUAGAACAGCGGGGGAAGCUGGGCGCCACCUCCGAAGGCAGCAGGACAGCGAGCAGCCUGGACACCCACGGUGGAGCAGGUGCCCCUGAGCUUUAGUGGCCGGAGAGGAGCCAGUUUGCAUCCUUAAGGGGAAGGUUGUCCUUUGUCAGCUGGGUGCCCCUUCUCCUCAGAAGUGGGCUGUUUAUUCUCAUUUCCCCUCCCAUCCAGGGUCUGACGAUUCUCAAAACGUGUUUUUGUUCCUUUCUUUUCAAAGACUCUGAAUGGAAAGCUUGAGCCAACUCAGCACAGCCAUAUUUCUUUGUUUUCAAGUUCUAGUGGGGGUGGGGGCUCUUCGUUUAGAGACCUUCUUGGCUUGGACCUGCUCAGAGGCUCUGAUGGCAUUGGUUUAGAACGAGGAGGGGGCCUGGGACUGCACAGCUUUUCUGUUAUCCAGAGUCCUGCCUGAAAGCAAGAUCACUUUUCCCUGGGCCAAAGCCUAUGUGCUACCCAGGGACAAAGCUGGUUCCUGUAGCUGUGGCUCUCGAAGGCGGAGAGGCUUCCUCCCUAGUCCCGAUGGGUAGAGCAGCAGCACAUGAAUCCUGAUGUCCAGGUCUUGGCUCCUCAUUCUCCAGUUACAGCAGCUGCCUCAGGAGUGUUCUGUCCUGUUACGGAUAGAAACUCGAGGCCAGAGUGGUCACCCGCAUCCCCUGGUAACAGCGACUGCAGCAGAGCAUUGUGGGGAAGACCAGGAGUGCUCCUGUCCUUGGGACAGGGACCUCAGAGCCUGUGCAGCCUUCCGGUGAGUGACACAGUGUUCCAGGAGCGCGCACAGAGCACCGCUCACCUCUGCCCUCAGACACGCACACCUCCCAACCCCGUGCCAGGCUAGGCCUCCCCGCCACCAGCGCUCCCCUCACCUGCUCCCCAGGAAGAAGAAUCUUUGCACGUCUCCACUGUACCUCUCGACACACGGAGCCCAGCACAGCUGACCAAACAGCCGGUGGGGCUUAGCUAGACUCGGUUGGUGGGAACGCAAGGCUUGUGAGUGUCGCGGGACUGGUCCUGCCGGCUUGCUUUGGAAGUCAGCCCCGUGGAUCAGAAUUUGACUGUGCUCAGUCUAAAAAGGCCUGCUUCUACACAAAGGUGGCCAUGUAAGAGAUGCUCACAUUGCUCUCAAGUGAACUAAAAUGUGCUCAAAGGCUACUCUGGAAUGGAUCUUGUCUCCCUCUCCGCAUACCACAAGCUUAACCAGUAUGUUGCCUUGGACAACUCCCCUCAACCCCAAGGAACAGUUCUGGAAUUCUGUGCCCGCCUCUGGCCUCACAGUAUGUGCAUGCACGUGUUUGCUUAAAAGCAGUAUGCUUGGAAGCUUCUGGACCCAAGGAAAUGCCAACCCUUCAAGGCUGAGUUUACCAUCUGGCCUUGGACUGUGCUGCUUUAUGAAAAGCCUUAUUUGGGGAAAUGUUCAAGAUGAGUAUGCCUUGGCUUUUGUUGGAAACAAAUUCACUUGAUUAGUACAUGAUCUGUGAGCUUGGCCUUUGCCCCUGCCACCUUCUCCCUCAGCCCUGAGGCUAUCAAGCAGCAGCGGCUUCCUUAACGGGCCACUGGAGUGUGACCAAGUGGAAACAUCUACAGAGAUUGGAGACCUCAGACAGUGAAAGCUCUCCUGGGGUAGUGGCCAGUCCCUGCUUUCCACGUACCUCUGCUUGAACACAUUUGUGGCAACUUUAUGAUACAACAACAAAAGAUUAAAUGACAUGAAGAAUUGCCUUACCAAGUCAGAUUGGCUUCCCAAGAGGCCAAUCAUGGAAGAUCCACAGAGUACUGCAAGCCUUGGUGUACAGUUGUAAGUGGGUGUUGUCCUGAUUUCCCUUUUCUUUCUUUUUUUUUUUUUUUGAACCUAAGUUAUCUGCAAACAUCUUAAUUUGCCAAAUAUUGAUAAACCAUGUGAAGAAACCAAGCAUUUUAUGACAUCAUGUACUUGUUCCUGGCACUGUUAAGGGACUAUAUAAACGAUGGUCUUGAAACACAAAGAUGUGGGUGCAGCCAGCUAUUCUGAAGCUGUCCUAGGAAGUGGAGAAUGCCUCACCAUGUCCAGAUGUGCGAUGGCUGCAGGUCUCCUGUUGGUUUUGGUGACAGAUAAGCCACAAAGGCAAAGGGAACAUCUAAGAACUCAUUUCUAUCCCAUUAUCCACAAAUGAAAGGACCGUAAAGAUAUUUCUUUGAAAUUAGCAUUCAGAUGAGUGGGUCUUACUUAAUUCCUUGUCUGAAACCUGCCCCCAGCCCCUGCCCCUGCUCCAGCUAGUCAGUCUGAGGCAGAAGCGUUAGCAGCACAGCAAAACUAAGAUCCAAGACAGGGAAAUGAGACAGUGUUUCCCCAGGAGUAAAUUCAUACUGCAUUUCAUAAUGGCGUCUCGUGCUGCGAGGGGACGACAGUUUGCUUUAUUCCAGGCUUUCAAUCCUCACCCGAGAGCUGGAACCUUUGAUCUUGUCCUUGAAUUUCCCUGGACAUCACAGGGUCGCGCUCUCUCACUUUCAUCUUUUCCAGACUGGAAAUCAGCGACCCUGCCUGUUGUUUUAUCUCUAAUUGCUCUUCUGAACGUAGGGAACAUGAGAUGCAAAUGCAAAGGUGGGUUCCGUGGUGACAGAGGUAGGACUCAAACAAGGACCCCAAGCAGGAAAGUGUCCUCAACAGGAGAAAAAAAUCAUACAGCCCAGUGUGGGGAAUUUGGUGGCAGGAAUUUGGCUCAGUGUCGUAAAUGCGCCUGCAGUUUGAAGUCUGCUGUGCAGGAAGGUGGUGGGGACUUGAAGGCAGCCACAUCUGCUCUCCAGAGUGUUUCCAAAAGUCCUGUGCUCCCUGCAUGGAUUUCCGCUCAAGUGUUACAAAAGGAAUGCCCGUGUGCCCACAUGGGUGUGUGUCUCAUGUUCUUAUCAAACAGCCACAUUGUGGGGCUUCCAAUUGUAAUGCACACAUCACUCUGUUCAAAAUCAGGGCCCUGAACUUGACUCAGGAUAGAAGGCCAGGACUGCAGAAGCCCACAGUUCAUGGCGCGUACGCUGUUGCUGGUGUUGUGGGCUAGUGUUGAUUUGUCAUUGAGCCUUCCAAAAUAAUGACGCAGUGAAUGUUUUCAGGUUCUUUAUUCCAUCAGGGAUUCCUACAGAUGAGUUCAUUUCAAAAUUGGAAACAGAAGAUUCUGUGAAUUUAGUUGUUCUUUCCUGUUCAAAAAUUAUCAGCCCAUUGUAGGCAUAUGCAAAAACAUAUCCUCAUUUUUGAAGGCAGUAUUUCUAAACCCUGAAACCAGGCCAGGCCAAAACAGGAUGGAGGUCCUGGGGUUACUGGUGGAUCUUGAUGGAGCCGUCCACCGCCAUUGUCCCCGGGGCCUCUCUGUUGCCAUCCGCAGUGUAACCCAGCUUCCCAUAGUGUGAGGGACACUGCUGUAGGCACUGUUCUCCAUGCCAAAUGAGACAAAGCUGGGCUCUUGGUUUCACUGAUGCUGCCAGGAAAUGAGUUUAAAAUAUUUUUUUGCCAGAUAGUAGAAAUACAGCGUUCCUUUAGAUUAUAGUAUCUCCCCCACCCCCUGGAAGGUAUCCCUCACCACAUGUGGGUAAAAAUUCAUAAAGUAUCACUUUGCAGUCUUCCUGACAAAAUAGUAUGCUUCUCAAUUACAAACUGUUCAUUAUUUCCACAAUAAUGAAAGCAGCAUUCCAACCCAGGGUAAGCUAGUAAAAUGUAAGCUUCCAGCUCCAGAAAAAGUUGUUUGAACAUUCCUAAGAGCUAAUUUAUUCAUCCCUAAACAAACACACUCUGCUUUUGGGUGGCCUUACUCAGAACUGGAUCUGAGGCUGUGUCAAGACUUCACUCAUCUAAUUAACAGUCUGCAUGACAGCCAGUCCCAGUGUCCACAUGUGUAGAAACCGGGGUGUAGACAGAAGUAUAAGAGCCUCAUCCCUUCAUUUCCCACACUGUCCUGUUCAAUUUACAAAGUUAUCAUUUAUUUGCAAACUCUGGCGGUUGCUUUAUUUAUCACACUGCCAGUGGUGGCGAGCCUGCAGCACACUAACUGCAGUGGGCUAUUUGUACCGUUGGAAACUCGGAAAGGUUCGCUGGCACUGUUUUCGAGUUUAUUUAUACUUCAUGGUUGAUGGUUGGAAAUGUUCUCCAUAUGCUGUGUAUUCAAGUGAGCUUCUUAGAGCUGUCUGUGUCCAUGUUUUUUCUGUUUUUCUCACUCUAUCAGAGUCUGUUAGCACAGAAAUGGGCCAAGGGGAGGGGAGGAUAAGUAAAUCAGGAGAGCAGGGACUAGAGUCCAGUUCUCAAAGUACAGAGCUUAGUGCAAAAUCUCAGCUGUUUCUAUAGUAAGUAGCCAAAGGGGAAAAGAUCUUUCCCUUUGAAUUUGACUAUAUUGAGCUUGGAAAUCAGCUUCCACAGGCCUGGGUGGGAGAGAAUCCAGCUUCUCCCUACUGAUUCAAACACUACAUUCCCUCAAAAAGUGCUGCAGUAUCACUGCGUCCCUACAUUUCUGCAAGAUCCUGACACCACUGAAGGGGGCCGGGCAGGUGGCUGGAGGUCCUUGCCUUGGGUGUAUAUCAUAGCUGAGGUUUUUCUGGAGAAGCCCACGCACUUUAGUGAGUCUUACAGCCAGUAACACUGUAAUACUUAGGGCAUCUUGUCCCCUCAGCAGAUCCACCAGGCAUCGGGCUUGGGACCAGGAGAUUCAUCGGAGAGGUGGCUAAAACCAGGAGGAAAACCCUUGGGCUGGAAGUGAGGAGCCCAGGUGCUGGCCUGACUCUGGCUCCAUCACUAGCUGUGAGACCCUGGACAGGUGGCUUCAUUCUGCUGGGCCUCGGGCUCCCAGGGGAAGGUUGGGGCCAUAAAGCUGCCUGCCUCUCUGGGGCAGUAUCAAGAGAUAAAAGAUGGUGGGAGAGACGUGCUUCAAAGAAAUGAAAGCCCUCUUUGGGAGGGGGGAGAUCCAUUGAGAGAUGAAGAAACGAAUGUCAACAGUCAUCAACUGAUCUGCCCAAAUUCGUAGGGUAGUUUCACAGCAGAACUGGGACUCGAGUCCAGCAUCCUGGGCUCUUCUCAUUAGUAAGAUGGCAUUGCACCACGUGUGUGUACAUAUGUGGAUGUGUGUGUACAGGUGUGUGACACGAAGAGCAUGGGACGGAAAACCUGAGUUCUAAUUCCAGUUUCUACAGUAGACCUAUUAGGACCUGGGAUAAAUUACCAGAUACUUUGAACUCGGUUUCCUAAUCUGUAAAAUGAGGACAUUGCGCUAAAGGACCUCUCUGGUCCCUUCAAGCUCUCGCUCUAUGGUUCCAUGAUUAGUAAUGUAUGUAUGUAUGUAUAUAUAAAUAUGCUUAUCUGUAGAAAUGGGCCCAUUUGAAAACUGGAGACAAAGCCUGCCCAAGUGCAUUUAUUAUGUUGACAACAGUGAAUUCAAAAACAAGUUCAUAAAAUCUUGUUUAAAAAAAAGUCAAUGGUAGUAUUGAUAUCAUUGUUUUAAAUUCACUGUUUAAAUUCACUGUUCAUUGUUUUAAAUUCACUGGAAGAUUGGUGCUGUUUUUAAAAUUAAAUUCUUAGCUCACAAGUGUUUGCUGUUAAAAUUUUUUUAAAAAAUAAAGUCCAUUUGUCAUGGUCAGAAAUUCAACUAUCCCGUUCUUGGGCAGACUCCAGCAGCCUGUCUGCAGGCUGGACUUUGUGUACGGGCCUUUACAUAGCUAUGUAAAAGUAAGCCGUUGGCUUGGUCAUAAUAAAUAUGAGCAGACUACCCAGGGAACAGUCUGGAAAAGAGAAUUGUGUAGUUCUCACAACUGGUGACAUGAAUUCAUUCAGCUGUGUCCCAUUUCCCAUGUGAAGACAUUGUUUGCUGGCUACGAUCUCUGACUUUUUGUGGCAUAUGAGGUGUAAAAUGUUGUCAAAAAAAAAAAGAGAAUCUGGUGUUUAAAAGAAUCAAAUUAUGGUGGCAUUAAAUGUUCACUUUUAUUCUAGCUGGAGCCAUGAAUUCCUCUGUAUCCUGUUUGUCCUUCUGUACACAGGGGAAGUAAUUCCAGGCCUAGGGAGGGGUCCUCUCAUUCUAUCGACACCUUG